UAAUUCUUUGCAAUUUACACUCAUUCCCUCAGGUAACGAAAUUGAGCAGCUUUGGAUGAGUGUCGAGCUAGGUAAGGUUAAAUUUCUAGUAGGGGUAGUUUACCGCCAACACACUAAAGUUAAUUGUCGCACAUUCACGGAGGAACUAGAAUCGCAGCUAUUAUCUUUACUUCCAACGCAUGAUGAGGUCCUCUGUUUGGGGGACAUAAAUAUUGAUAUGUCAAACUUAAAUGACAAUGAUGCUUUGAGAUUCAAUGACAUGAUAGAAGGGAUUGAUAUUAAACAACUAAUGGAUAAGCCAACUCGAGUUACGCCAAAGACCUCAAAGAUCAUUGAUAUCAUUUUAACAUCGAACCUAGAUUUAAUUACUCAUGUAGAUACACUAAACGCUGACGCUAUCUCUGAUCACGAAUUAAUCUAUUGCAAGCUAACUUUUAUAAAAUCUACUGAACAGCCUACGUUCAAACGGUAUCGUGAUUUCGGUAAUUUUGAUAAAAAUAAAUUCUUAAGUGAUUUCGUAGCAUUUCCCUUUAACAAUAUUUACCGUAUUCUAGAUGUUAAUGAUAAAGUAUCUUUUCUUACCAAUAAUUUAAUAAAUCUUUUUGAUAUUCACGCACCUGUUAAAACAACUACACGCCGUUCGAAUGCUAGCCCAUGGUUAACAAGCAAUACCAAAUUUUUAAUGUCUUUGAGGGAUAAAGCUAAGGGUAGAUGGAAACGGACCAGGGCUGUUACGGAUCAUAACGAAUAUAAAGAAUUAAGAAAUUUUACGGCUCGUGUUAUUCGAGACGAAAAGCGAGCUUAUGUCAACUUUCGUAUGUGUAGACCGGGGGAUGCGUCCUCAGAUGUCUGGAAACGUUUACGAAAGAUAGGUAUUUUGAAAAAUAAGCCGUCGCUACCAGAAACCUUAUCAAAUGUCAAUGAUAUAAAUGAUUACUUCAUUUCCGCCCUGCCGCCAGCCACUACUUCACAACAAUUGAUAAAUUCCUACUUAAAUGAUCGGAAAGAUGGAGUAAAUAUUUUUGAAUUCAAAUUGGUCUCUCAGGCGGAGGUCGAGAGGGUUUUUCUUACAAUGAAAAACACUUCUGCUGGCGCGGACGGUGUGUCACAGUUCAUGUUAACACUAUAGUUUUUUAAACGAUGCUUCUCAUAUCAGAUAGUCUUGAAAUACAAUUCGCUACCGGAUGAGUUUAAAAAAUGCGCGUCGAAACAAUUUAAAAUCAAGUACAAACGAUACCUCUGUGCUCUCUCUGGCUUUCGUGCCUGAUGCCUGUCGCAGUUUCAAGCUCUGUGGCUGUUUCAGUGAAUUAUUCAAUGUAACAGUGAACUGUUGUUUCUCUGUUUUUUCUGCUUCGUUUGAUGAU